UCUCGCUCCUCUUUCGCUUGUGCAUGUUCUCUCUUUCUCUCUCUAUCUCUCUACCCUUGCUGCACUCCGAAAAACCAACUGCUCCUAGUGACUUGACUGCCACAAGAAGCUUUCAAUUGCAGAAAAUCAAGGGGUUCUUAAGAUCUUCCUCUACUUGGCGUUCAGCCCAAAUUCUUCUGGCUUCGCCGCUUAAUCCGAUCCAAUCCACCAAUGAAGGCCAGCAAUGCUCUAAAUCCUCUCAUCACCUUUGAGCAUAAGAGGGACGCCUAUGGGUUUACCGUGCGACCUCAGCACCUGCAAAGAUACCGUGAAUAUGCUAACAUAUACAAGGAGGAAGAAGAAGAAAGGUCAGAUCGAUGGAAGUUCUUCCUAGAUCAGCAAGCAGAAUCUGCUCAAGUGGUUGAAAAUGAACUAAAUGUUGAGGAAAAUGACAAUGUCUCAGAGGCUGAAGCUGGAGACUCGGGGAAGGGCGUUAACGGAUAUGAGUCAAGAAAUCAGAAACCUGAUUCUAAUAAUACAGUUGAUAAUGGUGGUAAAAAAGAGGAGUUACCAGCAUCUGAGGCGAAAAAGAUUCAUAGAGUUGAACUAUGGACAGAGAUAAGACCAUCACUUCGUACUAUUGAGGAUAUGAUGAGCAAUCGCAUAAAGAAGUCUGUUGAAAGAAACAGGAAGAACCUGUUGAGAGAUGAACAAUUGCUCGGAAUGGGGAAAUCACAAUCUAAUACUGAAGAGGCUAAAUCACAAAGAGGAGCAUGUGAGGAGGACUCUGAUGAUGAGUUUUAUGAUGUAGAGAGGUCAGACCCUAGUCUAGAUGUGCCUUCAGCUGAUAGUGUGAAUGCCUCCGCCAAUGGUACUGCUGGUGAUGCAACACUACUAGAGUCUUCAUGUCCUUGGAAGGAGGAGCUGGAGGUUCUUGUUCGUGGGGGAGUGCCAAUGGCGCUGAGGGGAGAGCUUUGGCAAGCUUUUGUGGGUGUAAAAGCAAGACGUGUAGAGAAAUAUUAUCAGGGCCUGCUAACUCCUGAGAAUGAUUCUGCAAGUAAAUUGGAUCAACAAAUUAUGCAGUCAAGUGACAAAGAUGGAAAAGCAAAUGUAGAUUCCAUAUGUGUACCAGAAAAAUGGAAAGGGCAGAUUGAAAAGGAUCUGCCUCGAACGUUCCCUGGCCAUCCUGCUCUGGAUGAGGAUGGUAGAAAUGCUUUGAGGCGAUUACUUACUGCAUAUGCCAGACAUAAUCCUUCUGUUGGUUAUUGCCAGGCUAUGAACUUCUUUGCCGGUCUAUUACUGCUUAUGAUGCCAGAAGAAAAUGCCUUUUGGACAUUGAUGGGCAUUUUAGAUGAUUAUUUUGAUGGUUAUUACUCUGAGGAAAUGAUAGAGUCUCAGGUGGACCAACUUGUGUUUGAGGAGUUGGUGCGGGAGAGGUUUCCCAAAUUGGUCAAUCAUCUAGAUUACCUGGGAGUGCAGGUAGCAUGGGUUACUGGACCAUGGUUCCUUUCCAUAUUCAUGAACAUGCUUCCUUGGGAAAGUGUUCUGCGAGUCUGGGAUGUGCUUCUUUUUGAAGGAAACCGUGUCAUGCUAUUUAGAACCGCACUUGCUUUAAUGGAGCUAUAUGGUCCUGCAUUGGUAACAACAAAAGAUGCUGGAGAUGCGAUAACUCUGCUUCAAUCAUUAGCUGGCUCCACAUUUGAUAGUAGUCAGCUUGUGUUGACUGCAUGUAUGGGUUACCAAAAUGUAAAUGAAGUCCGGUUACAAGAACUUAGGAAUAAACAUCGACCAGCUGUAAUAGCUGCAGUUGAAGAAAGAUCAAAAGGCCUUAAAGCUUGGAGGGAUUCUCAGGGUCUGGCAUCUAAGCUAUUUGGUUUUAAACAUGAUCCUAAAUCAACAACAGAGACGGAUAAACCAGAUCAAUUGAUUAAUGGUAGUUUAUCACGUACAGAAUCUGGUUCCACUAAUGCGGAUGAGAUUAUCAUUAGCCUGACUGGAGAUGGUGAGAUAGAUACUGCUCCGGAUCUUCAAGAGCAGGUAGCAUGGUUGAAGGGUGAACUUUGCAGGUUGCUAGAGGAAAAAAGAUCAGCUGUUCUCAGAGCGGAGGAGCUCGAAACAGCAUUGAUGGAGAUGGUUAAGCAGGAUAAUAGGCGACAACUAAGUGCCAAGGUUGAGCAGUUGGAGCAAGAGAUCACUGUGCUUCAGCAGGCACUUGCCGAUAAGCAAGAGCAGGAAACUGCUAUGCUUCAGGUCUUGAUGCGGGUAGAGCAAGAGCAGAAGGUCACUGAGGAUGCUCGUAGGUUUGCAGAGCAAGAUGCAGAAGCACAAAGAUAUGCUGCCCAAGUGCUUCAGGAAAAAUAUGAAGAAGCCACUACUGCGCUUGCUGAAAUGGAGAAGAGAGCAGUUAUGGCAGAAUCGAUGCUUGAGGCCACCUUGCAGUAUCAGUCUGGCCAAGUUAAAGUCCAGGCAUCACCACGGUCUUCGCAACCUGGCUCCCCAGCAUCACGAAAUAAUCAAGAACCGAUGCCAGAUGUGCCUGCUAGGAGGAUAGGUUUGCUUUCUCGUCCAUUUGGUCUUGGAUGGCGUGAUCGAAACAAGGGGAAACCGACUAACGCAGAAGAGCCAGCGAAACCGACUAAUGCAGAAGAGCCAGCGAAACCGACUAAUGCAGAAGAGCCAGCAAAACUGACUGAUGCAGAAGAGCUGGCUGAAGGAAAAGCGGCGGAUGAGGGACAAAGUACAAGUACUCACCAAGAGACUAAUGGCCAUAAAACAUCCUUCCCAUGAAAGUUUAAUGAGGAAGUAGUAUUUUGUUUGCAAUUUUUGUUUAGAGCGAACAUGUAAUUCAUUCAUUGUUUGUUCACUAAGAUGCCAUAGAAUAAUAGUGUAUUUGUAAAAGGGAAGAAACAGGCUGAGCUCGAUUAUUAUAUAACCUUCUCGUUUGUAUUGUUCUGAAGGGAUGGACUUUGUGUAGCGUGACAGCUGUAUAUAUAUAAAAUUAUAUAUUAAACUCCGA